AUGCCUAACUCUACUCAGGAAGCAUUGGCACAGUUGAAACAGACUCUGGAGCUUUUAUCCUUACAACAACAACAAGUUAUCGGUUCUGGUGACGCUCUUGCGUUGAAUUCUUCAAAGACAUCGAAUCCACUAAGCUCACAGAACAAUAAGGAAAACUACUUCAAAAAAAGCAGUCAAGACUAUAUCGACUUCACUUAUGAAAGUCCAACCAUCUAUCAUGUCGUGGAAUAUUUUUCCAAAAAACUAGACGAAGCUGGCUUCACUUACCUGAGCGAAAAGUCUGCCUGGGGUGAUGUUAAAAGUGGUAAGUACUACACCAUCAGAAAUGGCACCAAUCUGGCAGCUUUCAUUCUGGGCGAAGACUGGAAGUACGAGUCCGGUGUUGGGGCCAUUGGGUCCCAUAUUGACGCCCUAGCGGUUAAAUUGAAACCCGUUUCUCAAAAGGACGACGUUGAAGGAUACCAAUUAUUGGGCGUGGCACCUUACGGCGGAACGUUGAAUACAUUUUGGUUUGACAGAGACUUGGGUAUCGGUGGCAGAGUGCUCGUCAAGGACACGUCGUCCGGCAAAAUUGAGUCUCGUUUGAUCAAUUCCAGUCCUCAACCUAUCGCCAAAAUUCCUUCGCUUGCCGUGCAUUUCGGUGAGCCUGCAGUUGGACCUUUUGAUAAAGAAGACCAAGCGGUGCCAGUAAUUGGCUAUUCAUCACCCGAUGAAACCGAUGAAGGCGGAGACCACGAGGACGAGUCUAAGUCCCCUCUUUUUGGGAAACAUCCUAUUGGGCUUCUAAGAUACAUUGCGGAGUUGGCCAAAGUGAAAGUCAGCCAGAUUGUGCAAUUGGACCUUGACCUGUUUGAUGUUCAAAAGGGUACUUUGGGAGGUUUGAAAAAUGAUUUCUUGUUUGCACCUCGCAUUGACGAUCGCAUUUGCAGUUUUACCGCACUCCAGUCGUUGAUUGAUUUUUCCAAAGAGGGCUCAAUCCCAUCGGGGGCAUUCAACGUUGUUGUUCUGUAUGACAACGAAGAAGUUGGCUCUCUCUCGAGACAGGGCGCCAAAGGCGGUCUCCUGGAAAGUGUGGUGCAAAGAGUGGCCACAAGUCUUCACGGAAAUGAUUCUUCAAUUCUACGGACAACAUUUGCGAACUCGAUUAUCUUGUCUGCCGAUGUGAACCACUUGUUCAACCCCAAUUUCAAGUCGGUGUAUUUGGAGCAUCAUAGACCCAAGCCCAAUGUCGGUGUUGCUCUCUCGCUGGAUUCAAAUUUGCACAUGUCGACCGAUGUGGUAGGAGUUGCAUUCACCGAGGAGUUGGCCAGAUUGAACGGUGACAAGGUUCAGUAUUUCCAAAUAAAAAACAACUCAAGGUCGGGAGGGACUAUCGGCCCAUCGAUUGCAUCCCAAACAGGUGCCAGAACAAUUGAUUUAGGAAUUCCUCAACUGGCAAUGCAUAGUAUAAGAGCAGCUACUGGUUCAAAAGAUGUUGGGUUGGCCAUAAAGUUUUUCAAAGGAUUCUUUGCCAACUGGAGAUCUGUCUACGACAGCUUUGGGGACCUUUGA